AUGUUAUUGCGACGUACUCUGAAUUUAAAGGAUCAAUCUGGGAGGAGUGUUGAAUUAACAAUGUGGGGAGAUUUUUGCAACAGGGAAGGUCAAAUGCUACAAGAAAUGGUUGACUCUGGACUCUUCCCUGUUUUAGCUGUCAAAGCCGGAAAAGUUAAUGACUUCAGCGGGAAAUCUGUAGGUACUAUCUCUGCCACACAGAUCUUCAUUAAUCCAGAUUUUACGGAGGCUUGUUCUUUGAGAGACUGGUUUGAUCAAGGGGGUAAAAAUACUGCUUCUCAGUCCAUCUCUAGAGACAUUAUGCCUGGAGGAUCAAAGAAUGAGAUACGUAAAACUGUGGCUCAGAUCAAGGACGAGGGCCUUGGAAGGUCUGAUAAACCAGACUGGAUCACGGUUAAGGCAACAAUAUCAUUCAUGAAAACAGACAAUUUUUGUUAUACAGCUUGCCCAUUGAUGAUUGGAGAUAAACAGUGUAGUAAGAAAGUGAUAAAGUCGGGAAACUCUAGAUGGCAAUGCGACAGGUGCAAUCAAGAAUUUGAGGAAUGUGAUUACAGAUAUCUUCUUCAAGCUCAGGUUCAAGAUCAUACUGGGUUAACAUGGGUGACUGCUUUCCAGGAAUCUGGGGAAGAGAUCUUGGGCUGCUCAGCGAAGGAGUUGUACUUCUUGAAAUAUGAAGAGCAGGAUGAAGAAAGAUUUUCUGAAAUUAUCAGAAGCUGUCUUUUUUCACAGUUUCUGUUUAGGCUUAAAAUCAAAGAGGAAAUGUAUGGUGAUGAACAGAGGGUGAAGAUUACAGUUGUCAAGGCAGAGAAGAUGAACUACUCUGCUGAGACCGGAUAUAUGCUUGAUUCGAUAUCACAACUUCGUUUCCAUUGAAUAAUCUGAGAGCAAAAGUAUACGACUCACGGUUUGAUAGCUUUGAUUCUGAGAUAAAGAUUGUAACUUUUAAUGAGUUAAAAUAGAAAAUUUAACUCAAAUUUGUUGAGGCUAUAUUCCUGCAUUUCUUUAUUCAACCUUGGCUAGAUAGGCUCAAAACAGUACUGUGGUUCUUCAGGCCCGAUUCGGUAUGUUUCUCCCCAUUCCUAUACUUUGUUGGCGUCUUAUAGUUCAAUUUAGCCGCCAGAUCAUUAUUUGUACUCACCUUCAAAGAGGUGCGGUUACAUGUAAUUCAGGAUAUUCUUAUUUUCAAUUCCAG